AAAUUUUAAAUUAAUCUUGUUCAGGGGGAUCUGGUUUUACGGGGGUCCAAUACUUUACAAACCACGUGGACUCUCUAUAAUAAACUCUACACAAUGGCUAAGCUACCAUUCUCUUUAUGGACAAGCCUUCAAGCUGCAAGGACAAUAUUGAGACCAUCCAUUAUCCGGUAUGGAGUGUCGGAUGUGUGGACACGUGUGGUCCCUGGUGGAGUGUGUGCGUACCACUCACAAAGAUUCUACUCAAACGAGGUUGAACAGUUGGAAGAUGAAGAAAUGGUUCCGGAAAGAUUCUAUUCCAAGAUCAACGUACAAGUGAAGGGCUCUGACUACACUGUGCUGGAGAGCUACUGCCGCUAUGUCAUCACAGCUGGCAAGGCUCUGGACAUUGACAUCGGGGGACGAGUUGCCCUGCCCACUCGUAUACAGAAGUUCACUGUCCUCAAGUCACCACACAUCUAUAAGAAGCACCGUGUUCAGUAUGAGAUCCGCACACACGCUCGACUCAUGCAGGUCAAGAGGAUUACUGGCACCACGGCCGAUAUAUUCCUGGAGUACAUUCAGAGGAACUUGCCCGAGGGCGUUAAUAUGAGCGUGUAUCAGGAGAGGUUGGAUCUACUGCCCUCUCUGCUGAUAAACAAGCAAGAUACAAAAGACGAGGUUACAAAGAAAACAAAAAGACAUAAGUGAAAUGUACUGUCUCUAUAGACCACUAGCUACUGUAGUCAUUCGUGUUUUUGUAACUAAGCUGAGUAUGGCCGUGGUUUCAGCAUUGACAAUUUUUGCCUGAUAAUCACAAGAAUAUCUGCUAUUGGUUUUUGUGUUCUUAAUAAACUUUCACAUUCACGAAGUUGAUCGAAUAUGUUCUCCAUGA